AUGGAAAAAUAUAAUUUAUCAUUAACAGAAUUGGAUGAAAUUCAAAAUCAUGAAGAUUUUAUCGUUAUUUGGCUUUCAUCAGAUGAUGUUCCAAAUAGUAUAAUGAAUUUUGCUGAUUAUUUAAAAAUAUAUGAUUCAUGUGAAGCUUGUAUUAGUUAUAUAAAAAAGUUUAAAAGUGAACGUAAAAUUCUUCUUGUAUAUAUGAUGGAUUGGGCAUAUUUAUCGAUUUUUGAAGAUUUCUCUCAAAUUCAAUCAAUUUAUGUUUUAAAGAAACAAGAUGACAAUUUGGAAUUCAAUAAACAAAAUCAUCCAAAGCUAAUUGAUCUAUUUCAAAAUCUAGAUGAAUUAAUUAAUCGACUACGUAAAGAUAUAUUAUUAACCUAUAGAAGUGAUUUACCAAUAAAUAUAUCUUCUCUAAAUGAAAAUAAUAUUGAACAAUCGUUAACAAGUUUACAUGGAAAUAGUUUAGCACUUUUAUGGAAUCAAUAUUUUCUUUAUUAUUUGAUUAAAUAUCCAAAUGUAAAUAUGAAAAAUUUGAAAAGAAUUAUGUUAGAUCAAUGUCGAUUAGAAUAUCAGAAUAAUCAAAGUGAAUUAACAAAAAUAAAGGAUUUUGAAAUGCAUUGUUCAAAUAAAAAUAUUUUAAAUUGGUAUGCAAAAGAUUCAUUUUUAUAUCGACUUCUAAAUAAAGCAUUUCGCACAAGAAAUAUUGAUUUUAUUUGUCAAUUUCAAUAUUAUUUAAUAAAUUUAUAUAAGAAAUUUCAAAAAUUAUCAAAAAUACAAAAAGAAAAAUAUCCUUUGAUUGUUUAUCGAGGACAAAUUAUCAAUAUAAAUGAUCUAAAACGAUUACAAUCAAAUGUUGGACACAUUAUUUCAAUGAAUACAAUGAUAUCAACAUCACGUCUUGAAGACGUUGCUCGUAGAUUCAUUUAUGAUGCUCCAUUAUGCGCUUUAUUUAAAAUUAAUAUUAAUGAUACAACUAACAGUAGAUUUCGUCCAUUUAUCGAUAUUUCUGAAUUUAGUUCAAUGCCAGACGAACAAGAAAUUUUAUUUUUUGUUGGAACUAUUUUUUCAAUUGAUUCUGUUCAACAAGAAAAUCAUUCAACAUGGAUUAUUGAACUUACUCUAAACAAUCAAAUAUGCGAACAUAUUGAAAAUUUUAUUUUUGAUUUUCAAAAACAUAUUCAUGAGUUUAAAAACAAACAUUAUUUAUUUAUGAAAACAGAUGAUUACAAUAUGAUUAAACAAUAUUAUAAUAUGUUAACAAGACAAGAAUUCUCUUUAAAUAAUUUACCUAUCAAUAUGAUAUAUAUUUAUGUUGCUUUUAUGUUUAGUAAUUUAGGAUGUUAUGAAAAAGCGAUUGAACUAUAUAAAAAAUAUCUUCUCAUAGGCAAUAUUUCUAUUGAUAGUUCUCAAUCAAUAGUUAUUCAUAUUAUUAUCGGUUAUCUGUAUUAUCAUUUUUCCGAUUAUGAGAAUGCUUUUAUUCAUUAUGGUAUUGCAUUAUCAUUAUUAGAUGAAACAAAUUUAUUAACAAGUGAACUUUACAAUCAUAUCGGUGAUGUUUGGAGUAAUAUAGACAAUGUUGAUAAUGCAAUAUCGUGUUAUCAACAAGCAUUACAUAUUGGAAACCAAAAUAACAUUUUCCAAUCUGAUAUUCAUCAGAAAAUACUUUUAAAAAAGAAAAAUUCAAUUCAAAAUCCUACUGAUGAAAGACAAAUAAACAAUAUCGAUGAACAUGACAGAUCAAUCAUAAACUUAGAUAAUGAAAUUCAGUUGAAAAAUUAUCAAAACCAACUAAAUGCUGAACAUAAUCUUACAUCAAUUCAACGUAUUGAUUUAUCAUAUCAAAUUGGUUUAUGUUUAAUGAGAAAAGACGAUUCUCCUCAGGCCUUAGAAAUCUUUUUAAAAACCAAACAGAUGCUUAUUAACGAGCAAUUAGAUGAUGAAAAUAAUCCUACGUCGAUUCAAUGUGUUGAUUUAUCAUAUCAAAUUGGUUUAUGUUUAAUGAAAAAAGGCGAUUUUCCUCAAGCUUUGCAAAGUCUUUUACAAGCCGAACAGAUCAUUAUUAAGAAUCCUCCAUUGUGGAAUCGAUUUCCUCAAUUACUUUCAACACUUUAUGACAAUAUUGCUAUACUUUAUUUUUUAUUAGAUGAACCGUUAAAAGCAAUAAUUAUGUGGAAGAAAUCUAUUGACAUGAAAAUAAACUUUUCUUAUAACUAA